AUGUUUGUGCAAUGCCAGCCAUUACAAGCUCCUCCAGAUGGCGCAAGCAGCGUCUCUGCACCAAUCAACUACGGAGAAAGUCAGAUCUUCACCUGCAACACUGGUUUUAAUCUUGUUGGACACAAGACACUGUCAUGUGGCUCUACUGGAGUAUUAAACGGCACAUCUCCUCCCAUUUGCCAAGAUAUUGCCGAAUGCAGUGAUGGUAGUCACAGCUGUAGUACCAAUGCACAGUGCCAAGACACAGCUGGUUCAUACACAUGUAUGUGUAAAAGUGGAUACACCGGAAAUGGCACAACUUGCAAUGAUAUUGACGAAUGUGCCAGUAAAAACCACAACUGCCACUCAGCGGCUUCAUGUACAGACACUGAUGGUUCAUAUACAUGUAUGUGUAUUAGUGGUUACACAGGAAAUGGCACAACGUGCAAGGAUAUCAAUGAAUGCAGUGAUGGGACUCACACAUGUAAUACCAAUGCACAGUGCCAAGACACUGAUGGUUCAUAUACAUGUAUGUGCAAUAGUGGUUACACAGGAAAUGGCACAACUUGCAAUGAUAUCAAUGAAUGUGUUGAUGGAAGUCACACAUGUAAUACCAAUGCACAGUGCCAAGACACUGAUGGUUCAUACACAUGUAUGUGCAAUAGUGGAUACAUCGGAAAUGGCACAACUUGCAAUGAUAUCAAUGAAUGUGUUGAUGGAAGUCACACAUGUAAUACCAAUGCACAGUGCCAAGACACUGAUGGUUCAUACACAUGUAUGUGCAAUAGUGGAUACACAGGAAAUGGCACAACUUGCAAUGAUAUCAAUGAAUGUGUUGAUGGAAGUCACACAUGUAAUACCAAUGCACAGUGCCAAGACACUGAUGGUUCAUACACAUGUAUGUGCAAUAGUGGAUACACAGGAAAUGGCAUAACUUGCAAUGAUAUCAAUGAAUGUGUUGAUGGAAGUCACACAUGUAAUACCAAUGCACAGUGCCAAGACACUGAUGGUUCAUACACAUGUAUGUGCAAUAGUGGAUACACCGGAAAUGGCACAACUUGCAAUGAUAUCAAUGAAUGUGUUGAUGGAAGUCACACAUGUAAUACCAAUGCACAGUGCCAAGACACUGAUGGUUCAUACACAUGUAUGUGCAAUAGUGGAUACACCGGAAAUGGCGCAACUUGCAAUGAUAUCAAUGAAUGUGUUGAUGGAAGUCACACAUGUAAUACCAAUGCACAGUGCCAAGACACUGAUGGUUCAUACACAUGUAUGUGCAAUAGUGGAUACACAGGAAAUGGCACAACUUGCAAUGAUAUCAAUGAAUGUGUUGAUGGAAGUCACACAUGUAAUACCAAUGCACAGUGCCAAGACACUGAUGGUUCAUACACAUGUAUGUGCAAUAGUGGAUACACAGGAAAUGGCACAACUUGCAAUGAUAUCAAUGAAUGUGUUGAUGGAAGUCACACAUGUAAUACCAAUGCACAGUGCCAAGACACUGAUGGUUCACACACAUGUAUGUGCAAUAGUGGAUACACAGGAAAUGGCACAACUUGCAAUGAUAUCAAUGAAUGUGUUGAUGGAAGUCACACAUGUAAUACCAAUGCACAGUGCCAAGACACUGAUGGUUCAUACACAUGUAUGUGCAAUAGUGGUUACACAGGAAAUGGCACAACUUGCAAUGAUAUCAAUGAAUGUGUUGAUGGAAGUCACACAUGUAAUACCAAUGCACAGUGCCAAGACACUGAUGGUUCACACACAUGUAUGUGCAAUAGUGGAUACACCGGAAAUGGCACAACUUGCAAUGAUAUCAAUGAAUGUGUUGAUGGAAGUCACACAUGUAAUACCAAUGCACAGUGCCAAGACACUGAUGGUUCAUACACAUGUAUGUGCAAUAGUGGAUACACAGGAAAUGGCACAACUUGCAAUGAUAUCAAUGAAUGUGUUGAUGGAAGUCACACAUGUAAUACCAAUGCACAGUGCCAAGACACUGAUGGUUCAUACACAUGUAUGUGCAAUAGUGGAUACACAGGAAAUGGCACAACUUGCAAUGAUAUCAAUGAAUGUGCCAGUGGUAUGAGUCAUGGAUGCAGUGCCAAUGCUAAUUGUAGUAACAAUGCUGGUAGCUUCCAAUGCACAUGUAAUACUGGAUACAAUGGAGACGGUAACAUUUGCCGCAACGUCAAUGAAUGCUCUGACCCCGUUCUCCAUGUUUGUCACGCAAACGCAACAUGCAGUGACACGCCUGGUUCAUACUUGUGUGCGUGCAUUCAGGGAUUCUCCGGCGACGGCGAACGCUGUGCUAACGAGGAUGAAUGCAGCAUACUAUCGCACCGCUGCCAUCAGCACUCCAACUGCACUGACUUGUCGGGCUCCUACGCUUGCUCGUGUUUCCCGGGAUAUUCGGGAAACGGCACCCAGUGUGGCGAAAUUGACGAGUGUGCAGGCUCGCUGCACGAUUGUCAUGGCAACGCCAGCUGUACAAACACCAAUGGUUCGUUCAGAUGCAACUGCCGCUCCGGUUUCUCCGGCAAUGGGACGGCCUGCCGCAAUGUGGACGAAUGUUUGUCCACCGCCGCUCCGGGAGUGUGUCACAGGAAUGCCAGCUGCUCCGAUGUGAUGGGCUCAUACUUGUGUACGUGCGUCCAAGGCUACACGGGCAGUGGCUGGCAAUGUGACAAUAUCGAUGAAUGUGCCGGCGCCAGUGGCGCUGAUCACAAUUGCCAUGGGAACGCCACGUGCACCGACACGGCGGGCUCAUUCGCGUGCGCGUGCGGCAUCGGCUUCAGUGGUAACGGCACUGAGUGUUCGGACGUGGACGAGUGUGCCGGCGCGGGGCACAGUUGCCAUGGCAACGCGCUGUGUCGCAACGCCGAGGGUGGCUACGUUUGCGAGUGUCGCGCGGGCUACUCUGGAAACGGCACCGCGUGCUGGAAUGUGAACGAGUGCUUGAUGUCAACUACCGCCACCGCCGCUACUGCUACUGCUAAUGUUCCCAUGGGCACUGCCCAGCCUGCAGGUCCUUGCCACCCCGAUCAAGCCAUGUGUAGGGAUACCGACGGCUCGUACCACUGCCAGUGCCAGCCUGGAUUCAGUGGUAACGGCGUGCAGUGCGCGAACGUGAACGAAUGCGAGCUCGGCGUGCACACGUGCUCCGUCGGCAGGUUCUGCAUUGACACCAUGGGUGGGUACGGCUGCGGCUGCGUGCAAGGCGUCGUCGACAACGCUACCACCUGCGCAGGUUCGCAAAACACAGGAAAGAAUUCUGGCUCGGCGUCGGUGCGGCAACCGCUGAUCAUCGCCGCUGGAGCAGCUCUGUUGAUUAUCAUUGUCAUUGCCUUCUUCGCCUUCAACAGACGCAAGGCUAAGAGCCGUGGCCUUGGCAAUCUGGAUGGACCUGGCGUUGGCGUUGGUGGAGGUCCUGCAAGCUCCUCUCAUAGGGGCAGCAAAGUGGACGAGAAAACGCUGAAAAUCAUCGGCAAUAGUGUUCACUACUGGCAUGCCAGCGACAAUGAAGGCAAAGCAGAGAGCUGCAACACACCCACGCAGAAGACGCCUCUCAAGUAUUCGGCGAGCGGAUUCAGCGCGGCCGGCAGCGACACGGACAGCGAGAGCCAGAUCGUACAGGGCCGCAAGAACACGUUCAGCAUGCCCGAUGUCUUCAGCUCCGCCGUCAAACAGAGCAACAGCAGGAUGCUGUCCAGCAGCAGUCAAUGGGGCGGCGACAUGGACGCCACCCAGGAAUACCCUACGGACAUACCGGAGCUGCUGCUUGACCCAGACAACUUCAGCCUACCCGGCGGAGCUGCGCUGGCAGACUCCUACAUGAAUAUGGAACCCGCCGCAAAGAAGGAUCUUGAAAAUCGCCACUCUGUUCUGACGUGUUCCGAUUCGCUGCCCUUCUAUGACCAGGCUCCCUCGCACGGCAACUGCAAACGCAGCACUACGGACAACAAGUCGCAGCUGCGGUGCGAAAACCAUUACGGCAGCCUGAGCGCUCUGCGCCGAGAUCAACCGUUUGCCACCGACACCGGCAACAAACACUACUACUCGAAUGUGAGCAACCAGCACGGUGGCAACCCGGGGUCAUCCUCAUCCCCAUGGCAACCAGACAUUGACUCCUCCAUGACGAAGAUGAAGCAAGCGGAGGGUGAGGAAAUGGCCAGCGCCGGUGGUGUUGGUCUUGGUGGUCGUCGCCACAUGACUAUCUGCGGUGUAUCCGAAGUCCACGGUCAGGUGACUGGGACUGGUAAUGAACCACGCUAUGCCAAGGGCUUCAGACGUAAGCAGGCACGCAACUCAGCUCCCGACGGCUCUGAGAGCAACGCCGGAUACUCGCGACCGCGGCCACGGAGCAAAACAUCAUCGGCAGGGAGCUCCAAGGGCCUGAGUGACUCGCUGUCCGACCAAGCUCUCAGCGGCCUGCCUCCCGGCAGCGACGAUUGCUACUCGGCAGUUCAUAAGAAGCCACUGACCAACAGGCAGUCGGGCGGAAACCGCAGAGAGAGCAGCGAUUCAUCAGUAGCAAAGCAGAUCUACGCCACGCCAAACACCAAGAGGCACUCACUGGGCGCCCCUCACUCCGUUCUCACGAGCAUCAGCGCGGAUCUCGAAUCCGUAGACCAGACCCUCGCCGGUAUCCAGCACAGCGCAGAAGAGGGAGCAUUGUCUGCAUCGCCGAUCAGUAUCCGUACCCUAGGCAACCAGAGCAUCUGCCAGAGCAAUCCGGGAAAUCCCGUGUUUGUCUUCGAAGAUCAGAGCAGCAAUCGCGACGAGACGCUGCAGUCGGGAGGAGGAGGAGGAGCGGAGGAGGGCCGUCGCGACCGAAUACCGUCACUUGGCUACGAGGAUAUGCACGCUAGUACAGGGAGACCCGAACAGUUGACCACCAAUGGAGAGGCAUCAAACGUCCCAGCAGGGACGGCACUCCACCAGAAGAAACAGCAACGCAUGCAUCAGCAGCAGCAGCAAAAGCAUGACUCGAGUGUGCUCCACCCUGAGCUUGUGGCAAAGGGCCUUCUCCAGCAUGACGCCGGCAGUUUUCCAUCGGAUUUUUACGACAGCGUCAUGGACGACAACCUAUCGGUAAAGGUCAGAACUGCACCUGUUGCCACUCUGCACACUGGUGGCAUUGGCAAUCAGCUGUUCUAUGAUUCCAUCACUUCCAAGAUGGUGCAGUACGCCAACACGGAGUCGCGAGCGCCGGACGCCACCAGUGACACCUGCACCUAUUCGGAUGCGCUGGAACGAAAUGACACGUGCGGAACGUAUAGCAGCGAGUACGAUCACGUCUCAGGCGGACAGAUGUAUGACCAUGCUGACGGACGGAGCAAUCAUUCCGGCCAGCAAGCAUACGAUCACGCUGAAGGAGGCGACGGCCAUGGUCAACUCAGUGCCGAUGAACAUGCCUACGAUCAUGCCGAUGGACACAGCGAAGUGACUGCCCCCGGCACCACCAGCAGCCGCCUUGCCGUGCAUAAGGGUACUGGCCAGUCUCAAGCGGGGAUUGUGUCCGGAAGAAAAUCAGAUGCCAUGAUGUCAGUUGCCAGCAUGGACCAGCACCAGCAGAAGCAGCAGCAGCAGCACCAUCAGAAGCAAGAGCAACGCAGCCCCGCCAAAGCUUCCACCAGCGAUCGCUUUGUCCAAAUGGCUGCUGAGGACAAUAUGUAUGACAGCAUACAGCAGCCGAAGCACAAUCGCGACGAGAAGUUUUCAUCUGUCACCCUGCACCAGGAGGAUACGUAUACCGAACUGCCGGCAUGGGUGACCACACGAAAUACCGACAACACCAAUCAGCAACAGCAGCACCAGAAACAACGGCAGCAGCAGCAGCGUCACCAGAAGCAAGAAGGCAACAAGAGCCAGUUUGGAACGCAGAACAGUCUGACUAAGAGUAAGGCAUCCGGGCUCAAGCGCUUGAUCAAGAAAGGCAUGGGCGGAACGGUGGACAAUGAUGUGGUCAUCACCUCCAGUAGCUCCGACACCAGUAUAGAUCGGCUACCGGAGUACGCGACGUUCUCCGGUCAGCACGGCACCCGCAGCGGCCACAGUCCACGUUCGCAGACCAACAGCAGACUCCCGUCAGCAUCGUCGGGUUCGCUGUCCAGCAGGCAGGCCACCGGCAGCAUUGGAGCGGCAGUGGCUGCAGCUCCCACCAGCGCAUACGACGACCUGUAUGGCAAGCGAAUGGGCGGCGGCGAUGGCAAAGCCUGGCGCGACGCAGCCAGCCACGACUCAUCCCUAGCCUCCAGGACAAACAGCCUUGGCAUGAGCACUGGCAAUGACCGUCAUGCCGAGGCGGCGGACGGAGACAUGUGGAACGAGUUUGGCAAUGGUGGCAGCUUUUCCGGCGCUCAGACACGUGAAUUCGGCGUGACGUGGACCGAAGACGACCUCACGAUGGGCAAAGAGUUUCUCGACAAGGGUCGUGUGUCCUUUGAUACCACCACUGAUGUUACGUACAGCGAAGCCGACGACAGCGUGGCUGCCAAGCGACACCGCGCCGCGGCAACCGCCGACAAGCUACACGGACUGCACAAGGCCAAACGCUGCCAGCUGUCCACGCCCACUGCCGCAGUCGGCAUUCUCGGCAGUGCCGCCGCUUCACACGAGGCAACAACCGACCCGCUCGUCGAGGACGAUGACGAGCUGGUCCUGGAGGAGGUCGUGGUCAUGCCGUCGUCUCCCAAGAUCGGCGUCGCCGAGAUACGCAGCGCACACGACUUCUCGCAGGACUGCGGCCGCGAGGUGACGAUUGGCCACGCCAAAAAGCUGGGCCCCAAACUGUCGGCGCCGUCCAGCGGUGCCCACCCUGUAGUUCCACUGCCCAGCAGUGGUGGCACCACCAGUGGCUUCUCUCAUACUUGGAAGAAACUGCUGGGAAAGGACUAGGCCGCGGAAAACUGUUCUUGUGCAGUGCAUGUGUGCCGGUCAAGACACUUCAGCAUUGUGGCACUCAGUCACCAUGGUGACAAGUAUACCAAUGAUGUGUGUGUGUCUACAGACAGGUGGUAAAGACACCUCACACGACUCUGACAAUCGUCAUGGCGACAAGAAUAACAGUGAUAUAUGUAUCCAGGCAGGGCAAUCGUCAUGGUGAUAAGAAUACCAAUGAUGUGCAUAUAUCCAGACAGUUGAUGCCACCGGCCAGGGUGCCCGGGUCAAUCUCCUGUCGUCCAUUUGCAUACUAAACUAGGACAUCCAGCAUGCAUGCACAUAAUGCACACAUCUACACACACACACACACGCGCGCGUGCGCGCGCAUACUCACACACACACAUUCACAUUCACAUUCAACCAGCCACGCCAUACUGUACGACUGUGUGUACAGGUGUGACAACAUGACCCCAUCCUUUUUCAUUUCGUGUAAUUUCAGCUGAGUAUGGCCUGUCCAUGUUCAAUGCAGCUGGGAACAUCUUCUCCCUCUCUCUCUCUCUCUCUCUCUCUCUCUCUCUCUCUCUCUCUCUCUCUCUCUCUCUCUCUCUCUCUCUCUCUCCUCUCUCCUCUCUCCUCUCUCCUCUCUCUCUCUCUCUCUCUCUCUCUCUCUCUCUCUCUCUCUCUCUCUCUCUCUCUCUCUCUCUCUCUCUCUCUCUCUCUCUCUCUCUCUAUCUAUCUAUCUAUCUAUCUAUCUAUCUAUCUAUUUCUCUCUCUCUCUAUCUAUUUCUCUCUCUCUCUCUCUCUCUCUCUCUCUCUCUCUCUCUCUCUCUCUAUCUAUCUAUUUCUCUCUCUCUAUCUCUAUCUAUUUCUCUCUCUCUCUCUCUCUCUCUCUCUCCGGCGAUUGUCAGUCUUGUUCUCUUUACUUACCCUGUAUCUAUGGACACGGCGACGAGGGGUCGCUUGCCUUCUUAGCAGCCUUUUUAAACCUUUUAAACUUUUUUUAAACUUUUUUAAUAGUCUUUAUUUAUGUAUCCAUGCACGUGUGAGUGUAGGAGACACAUAUUCUUGGCAGCAAACGCCAAACAAAUGCCGCCGCAGCUGCCACCAUUGCCGCCGCAGGAACAUCUGCACCGGCACCAGCACUGCAUACUAAGUAGCCAGCAUAACUAGCCAUGUGAUUCAUACCCACGCACACUAUCCGCAGCUUUAAAACAUGUGUCUGCAAGAGAGGCCGAUGCACUCCAGAUCACUGCCUUCUCGUGUACGCCCUUCUCGACUGUGUUGCCUAAUUGUAGUAUUAAAUCUAGCAUUAUGUUCAUUGCAUUUCCAUAACAUGUGUGCAAUGAGUUCUCCAGCCUCUGCAUCUACUAUUG